AUGGAGUUUAAGCCGAUCACCGAGUACCCCGACCUCACGGGUCAUACCAUUUGGACAAGAAAAAUGCGCACCCUCUUCCGUCGGCUCGACUCCAACGGGCACGGAUACGUGUGUGUGGAUGACAUACUUGAGGUCAUCACCCAAAUGAUGGGCACCUUUCCGAAAAUGGCCACAUGGAGGAGCGACGAGGUGGUGCAAGCUCUCAUAGACUUCUGGUACAGUUGUCUUUGUCCGAUGGGGGAGGAGCACGCACGCACAACGGCCCACUUGAAUGAAAAUGCCUUCGUCACCAACCUGGAACGCUCAAUGAAGGUGGGUGGCAUUCUUCGCGAUCGGUUCGAUCAAAUUCUGGUUCAUCCGCUCUUCCAUUCGGCCGACGGGGACGAGGACAAUCUGAUCAAUUUGACCGAGUUUGCGUCGCUCAUGAAGGCUCUCAAGUCGCCGGACAGAGAUGCCGAUCUGGUGGCCAAAAUCGCGGACACCGAGAAGAACGGCAAACUGACUGAGGCUCAGUUUCACGGGAUUCUGGCCGACUUCUUCGCCUCUGAGGAUCCGAAGAGUAAAUACCUAAAACUCUGGGGCAAUCUGGUCAACUACAAACGACCCGAGGACUACGGGACGAUUGAAUGCGGUCCCAUGUGGGAGGGCAAGAUGCGCACCAUGUUCCGUCGGCUCGACAUAAACCGGUCAGGUCGUCUUCGUUGUCACAACCUUCUACAGAUCGGCAGGUCAAUUGCGCAACGCAACCACUUGGACAGACGCCGAUCGGACGCUGUGAUGAGAGCCAUGCUGACGAUUUGGGUAAAGUUCAUCGCAUUGGACAAAGAAGGUGAGCAAUACCAAUAA